UAUGAAUACAUCUUAAAAACCAUUUAUAAUAAGACACAUAUAGGAGAACUAUAUAGUGCCACCUGAUUCAUCUUCAUUUAAUGCAAUAGUAGAGAAAAGAAUAUAAUUUGUAUAAGGGGCGAACACUUUUAUAGCAGUAAGAAUAAAUUUGAAUUAUAGGUGAUGUUGAGUUAUGAUAGUAUAUAACAUGGAUUUUAGUUUUUCUAAUAUUAUGACAAAUGCUUAUCAUAUGCCUAUAUGAUUGGAGCUUUAUUGAUAGGUAAUAUAUUUUGGAUUUUGUGUUCAAUAUUUGGGUUUUAUUCAAUCGAUGCAAAGAAUUCAUAGAAGAUUCAUAGGUAAUGUAUGUGUAAGACUAGGGAUAUUUUUGGACAUUAUUGUGGGUUUUAUUCACAAGAAUUUUGGUGUAUGGAUAUAUGGCAUAUUAAAUGAAUUAGUUUAACAUCUACCCUGAAUCUGAAAAAGUGAUCAGUGAUAUUGUUUGUGAAUCACUUAAUCAAACUGGAUUGAUUAUAAUACAAAUCACUAUUGAAUCAAUAGUUUUAUUGAUAAUGAUCUAUUUCUCGCAUUCCAUCCGACAUUAUAUAAGAUGUAUAUUUUAUAUAAUAUUUAAUAGUAUGG